AUGGCGGCCCUCUCGGAGCAAGUGAGCGAAGUGCUAAUAGGCACUACCAAUGAGCCCCAGCUGUCGCAGCUCACGCGCUCGGCUUUCCUGAAGCACGCCCAGAAAGACGAGGCUUCAGGCGAACACUAUCUCACCGAGGACGCCUUCAUCGAGGCCGUUGCGCCUGAGAGCGAAGACUACCACAAAAUCAAGCGGUACCAGUAUGGCAUUCUGUUCCAGGUUGCAGAUCGCGAACGGAAAGGCAGAGUCAACAUCCACGACUGGGGCGUCUUCCAGAACUUGCUUGCGAAGCCGGAUGCCGAGUACGAGGUCAUUUUCCGCUUUUUCGACAAGAAGGGGACCGGCUACAUCAGCUUCGACGAGUUCUACGACACAUGGAAGGCACAUAAGACAGAAGACAGCUUGCCCUUCAAUUGGGAAGCCGAGUGGGCGACGCUGUACAUUGGCUCCAAGAAGCACAGGCACGCCAUGACGUAUCCUCAGUUUGCGCAGAUGUUGCGCGGGCUGCAAGGCGAGCGCGUCCGACAAGCCUUUCUGCACUUCGACAGCAACAAGGAUGGCUACAUUGAGCCUACAGACUUCCAGCGCAUCAUCCGCGAGACCGCUAGUCACAAGCUCUCAGACUACCUCCUUGAGAACCUGCCUACUCUUUGCAACAUCUCUGUAGGAAGCAAGAUCUCGUACGCCAAUGUGCGCGCUUUCCAGAACAUGAUCCAGCAGAUGGACAUGGUCGAGCUGAUCGUUCGUAAUGCGACCCAGAAGAGCAGCGACGGCAAGAUCACCCGCACAGACUUUCUGAACGAGGCCGCCAGAAUAAGCAGGUUCAACUUGUACACGCCUAUGGAGGCGGAUAUUCUGUUCCAUUUUGCCGGUUUGGACGACCCGUCCGGACGACUCAGUCUCAAAGACUUUGCUCGCGUCCUCGACCCCUCCUGGCACACCGUUUCAUCUCUUGGAGCCACAGCGAUCGCCGACGCCGGCCAGAAGGUCUUUGCUACUACCAAGUCGAUUUGGCAUGACAUUCUGGAGUCCGUUCAUCACUUCGCGCUCGGCUCCUUAGCUGGAGCGUUUGGUGCCUUUAUGGUCUACCCCAUCGACUUGGUCAAGACAAGAAUGCAGAACCAGAGAAGCACAGGUGUUGGAAACGUUCUUUACAAGAACUCGCUCGACUGCGCGCAGAAGGUCAUCAAGAACGAGGGUUUCAAAGGACUCUACUCUGGUGUGCUGCCUCAGCUUGUUGGUGUAGCUCCCGAGAAGGCCAUCAAGCUGACGGUGAACGACCUGGUACGAGGAAAGCUGACCGACAAAGACACGGGCGCCAUCAGGUUGCCCCAUGAGAUCCUUGCUGGUGGCAUGGCUGGUGGUUGUCAAGUGGUCUUCACAAACCCCCUUGAAAUCGUCAAGAUUCGUCUGCAAAUCCAGGGUGAGCUCGCGAAGAACGUCGAAGGUGUGCCCAAGCGGUCUGCCAUGUGGAUCGUCAGGAACUUGGGUCUCGUUGGUCUCUACAAGGGAGCCAGUGCCUGUCUCCUGCGUGAUGUUCCCUUCUCCGCUAUUUACUUCCCGGCUUACAGCCAUCUGAAGAAAGAUUUCUUCGGCGAAAGCCCGCAGAAGAGGCUGGGUGUUCUCCAGAUGUUGACUGCCGGUGCCAUUGCUGGUAUGCCCGCAGCGUACCUUACCACGCCGUGCGACGUGAUCAAGACGCGUCUGCAGGUCGAAGCGCGAAAGGGCGAGGUCACGUACAACGGUCUCCGUGACUGCGCGAAGAAGGUCUGGCAGCAGGAAGGCUUGAAGGCCUUCUUCAAGGGUGGACCAGCACGUAUCAUGCGAUCGUCGCCUCAGUUUGGUUUCACUCUGGCUGGUUACGAAGUGUUGCAGCGAUCCCUCCCGAUGCCCGGAGGCUCUGACGCUGACGCUAGCCUGGAGCCCUCGGUUGGUCUCGAAGAAGCCACAGCACCCUUGCCGUACCUGCGGAGCCGCAAUGCGCUCAAGGUCAUCCUCGACCUGGACGAGAAUUUCGGUCGCCCAAGAGUGCCAGCAGGGCACACAUUCCGCGGCAUUCCGGGCUUCGGCGGUAAGCAGGCAUAG